UAGUAGAAGAAGAAAGAAGAAGAAAGAAGAAGAGAAGAAUGGGGGGUUGCGUUUCGUCUGCUCUACUGAUGAACCAACAACAACAACAAAAGGAUUUCAUGAGCAGGCAAAUGGAAGGAAGAAACUCUUCUUCUCUGGGCCACCACAUUGUCUGUCUCACUAGCUCCACCUAUGGCCUUCUUUCUCUCGAUCCUCCUAAUUCCUCCGACGAAGACGACGACGAAAAACCCCCCGCACCACCCGAAAUCAUCAAUUCAUGGGAGCUCAUGGCCGGCCUCGACCACCUAAUAAUCACCAACAACAAAGAAAGCAGCUUCCGGGGUUUUCCUCGGCCGAAGAAGCCAUUGGUGGAGGAGGGUGAAGACGAUGAUGACGAUGAUAAGGAGAACUCAAAUCCAAAUAAUAAUAAUAAUAAUAAUAAUAAUAACAACGGGGUGCUAGAGAGAUACUGCAGGAAGGUAAUUGGGGGUGGACCAAAGGGGGGAGAGGAGAAAGUGGUGGUGUACACGACGUCGUUGGGAACAGUGAGGAAGACAUUGGAGGAAUGCAAGGCGGUGAAGGCGGUGUUGGAAGGUAUGGGAGUGGCGUUUUGCGAGAGGGACAUUUCAAUGGACAUCGGUUGGAGACAGGAGCUCACAGAUCUCCUCCUCUUGUCCACCUCCUUCAACAACAACAACAACAAUAGUAAUAAUAAUAAAACUCCUACUCCACCUCGGGUAUUCGUCAAAGGAAUGUACUUGGGAGGGACCCAAGAGUUUAUGACAUUAGCCGAACAAGGCAUCUUACCCCUUUUGCUCCAAGGUUUCCCCACCCCCCCUGCUUCUUCCUGCCACGGAUGCGGAGGACUUAGGUUCCUCCCUUGCCUUUCCUGCAAUGGAAGCUGCAAAAUACUCCGGAUCCAAGAACAACCCAGCAUUAUGGACCUUAAACAACAACAACAUAAUACUACAACAACAACCACCGGAUCAAGAAGACCUACAUCCACCACCACCCUGCAGGUCGUCCCAUGUCCACACUGUAACGAGAAUGGUUUGAUGCUUUGCCCCAUCUGUAACUAGCUAUCUUCUUUCUUCUCCUUAAACUCAAAUCACCUGUUUCAGUUGUUGAACAAUGUACUACAUCUUGUUGUUCUUACUGCUACGUAAAAACUUUAACAACAACAACAACCAUCUUAUCUGUCCAUCCUCCUAUUAUUAUUAU